GCAAGUCAGCGUUAGCUUCCUCUUCUAAAAUACCACCGGUGCGUGUAGCUGGCUGUCCCGCAUCAUGUUCAGAGCCGCCGUCCGACUCUCGGUCUCCGGUGUCCGGAGUCUUACUCGUACACAACCAGGGUGCCAAGCUGCUUUGGCCUCAAGGAGUUACUCACAUGGGAAGCAAGAGACCGAUGAGGAGUUUGAUGCCCGCUGGGUCACCUAUUUCAACAAGCCAGACAUUGACGCAUGGGAGCUGAGAAAAGGGAUGAACACGUUGAUUGGUUAUGAUUUGGUACCUGAGCCAAAGAUACUUGAGGCAGCACUGAGAGCCUGUCGGAGGUUAAACGACAUGGCCAGCGCCAUCCGAAUUUUGGAAGCAGUGAAGGACAAAGCCGGCCCUCAUAAAGAGAUCUACCCGUAUGUGAUCCAGGAGCUGAGGCCAACAUUAGAUGAGCUUGGCAUCUCUACACCUGAAGAGCUCGGCAUCGACAAAGUGUAGAUGAGUUUAGCGACGGUGGAUAUCCCCAUGACACAGAAACCUUGUACUUAAAUGUUUGCCUCAUAUGAUAUAUGUGAUAUUUAAUUCGGCCUUUAUUAAGUUCUUUUGCUUGUAAAAUAUUGAUGAACCUAAUAAAGGAAAAUGUAUCUUUAUUGAGUGUCACAACUAUGUUUGGGAUAUUUGAAAUAGUUUGAGUUCUUAUUGAAGCAGUACACUCAUUAGAAGUUGCUUUAAUAGAGAGCAGAACAUCACUUGUUGUCUGAGUUUAUCUGGACAUUUUUGUGGAGUCACAUUUUGCCACCAGGGAGCAGCGUUUUCGCAUGAAUGUAAAACUCAUUCUACUGUAUUCAGUCUCUUACAUCUGUUUUCAUUUCAGGGAAAAUUUACAUGCUGGUAAAAUAAACUUGUUCAAAU